AUGUUUCCUUUCUUGAGCUUCAACAUAAACGGACUCAAUCCCACUGCCCACUACAACGUGUUCGUAGAGGUGGUGCUGGCGGACCCCAAUCACUGGCGAUUCCAGGGGGGCAAGUGGGUGACCUGUGGCAAAGCGGACAAUAACAUGCAGGGCAACAAAAUGUAUGUUCACCCAGAGUCUCCUAAUACUGGUUCCCACUGGAUGAGACAGGAGAUUUCUUUUGGGAAAUUAAAACUCACCAAUAACAAAGGCGCAAACAACAACAACACCCAGAUGAUAGUCUUACAGUCUUUACACAAGUACCAACCCCGGCUGCACAUUGUUGAAGUUACAGAGGAUGGUGUGGAGGACUUGAAUGAGCCCUCAAAGACUCAGACCUUUACCUUCUCGGAAACACAGUUCAUUGCAGUGACUGCCUACCAGAACACUGACAUAACUCAACUAAAGAUUGACCAUAACCCCUUUGCAAAAGGCUUCAGGGACAACUAUGAUUCCAUGUACACCGCUUCCGAAAAUGACAGGUUAACUCCAUCUCCCACGGAUUCUCCUAGAUCCCAUCAGAUUGUCCCUGGAGGUCGGUACGGCGUUCAGUCCUUCUUCCCGGAGCCCUUUGUCAACACUUUACCUCAAGCCCGAUAUUAUAAUGGCGAGAGAACCGUGCCACAGACCAACGGCCUCCUUUCACCCCAACAGAGCGAAGAGGUGGCCAACCCUCCCCAGCGGUGGCUUGUCACGCCUGUCCAGCAACCUGGGACCAACAAACUAGACAUCGGUUCCUAUGAGUCUGAAUAUACUUCCAGCACCUUGCUCCCAUAUGGUAUUAAAUCCUUGCCCCUCCAGACGUCCCACGCCCUGGGGUAUUACCCUGACCCAACCUUCCCUGCCAUGGCAGGGUGGGGAGGUCGAGGUUCUUACCAGAGGAAGAUGGCCGCUGGACUCCCAUGGACCUCCAGAACCAGCCCCCCUGUGUUCUCCGAAGAUCAGCUCUCCAAGGAGAAAGUCAAAGAAGAAAUUAGCUCUUCCUGGAUAGAGACACCCCCUUCCAUCAAGUCUCUCGAUUCCAAUGAUUCUGGGGUAUACACCAGUGCUUGUAAGCGAAGGCGGCUGUCUCCUAGCACCUCUAGCAAUGAAAAUUCUCCCUCCAUAAAGUGUGAGGACAUUAACGCCGAAGAGUACAGCAAAGACACCUCAAAAGGCAUGGGGGGGUAUUAUGCUUUUUACACCACUCCCUAA